CAGAAGCAGCAGCAGCAGCCGAGCUCCUGUGAAAAGAAACAAACUUUUUCCGACAUUUGCAAAGUAGAAUCGGUCGAAUUGGUGUCUCAACGAUGGCAUCCCAGUGAGUGCGUUAGUGUUUUGGUUAGCGGGCUCGGGAGUGUGUAAACUUUGUGCGUUGGAAAAAGUGUUCCUACAUGCAAGCUUGAAAGAAACACAGAACUACCAACACGGAUUAGCAGACAGCAGAGUGGAAAGAAGGCAAAGAAUCACACAGUGGCAGGCAGAAACGAAGCCUCUGGCCUACACUGCUAUGAACUGUGCUGACAUGGAAUUCUCGCUGCCAGCAGCACCAUCGGACGAAGGCCAUCACGAAUUUCAUAGCACUGGUGGUUAUAGUAAUCCUUCGGCUGCGGGAGAAAAAGCCCCGUUACCACUGGUCGGAACGAGCCAGGAGAACAAGCAGUGUCAGCAAAUUUGUCAUCCUUUGACACAUGAAUGCCCCAGCUUCCAUCGGUGUCAUCGUUGGACAAGCGGUCAAAGUCAUCAGAAAACAAGUUGUUCUUCAUCGGUUUCAUCCUACCGAUUGGUGACCUCUGCUGUUAACAGAAUGGUGUACUAAUUACCUGUGGUUUACUGCACAAACAUUACUUGAUCGUCCUAGAUAGGACUGCCAGCGAAUGAUCAACAGGGAUCAUUCAGGAAAUAUUAUAAUAGCAGUGGACUAUUGGAUUUGUUUACAAUCUCGGUGAGCAAAACGGCAGAAGCAACGACAAAAGGUGUUUUUGUGCAUUGUGUUGUAUGUCUAGUUUUUGAGUGUUUCCCACACGCCUGUGAAAAGCGGGAAAAUAGAGAAUCGCUUCAUUACAUUAUUAUCUUCGGAAGAAAAUAAGUGUACGGUGGUGUGAACAGUGAAGUGAGUUGAAAGAGAAGUGGCCGGGGAAACAGUCCACGUAGAAGCGGGCACAACAACAUGUCCGCGGCGUCCUCCUCAUCCAUGAACAGUGGAAAUACAUUCAAUGCUAACGGAAGCAACGGCAGCACCACUGGUGGAAAAGUUCUGAUUGUGGAGGGCAGCAAUACGAAUCACCAUCAUCACCAUCUGCUGGAUACCAACGACGUGGUGACCGCAGCCGCAGGACUUCAGCAACUGUCGAAUGCCGCCGCAGCCGCCCUCAAGCUCAGGCCAGAGGGAACUACAGUAGUAGGUGGCAGCGCUGGCGGGCAGUAUUCGAAUCUGUUAUGUGGCAACAGCUAUGGAGCACCAGUGUCCCUUAGCAGUAGUAGCAACAACAGCAGCAUCAGCAAUAAUCGUAGAAGUAGUUUUAGCAAUAGCAACAGUGGCGGUACCAGUAACGGCAACACUUUGAACAGCAAUAGCAGUAGCAAUAGCGGCCAAAUGAGCAACAGCAUCAACAUACUGUCGUCCGGCCAGCAGCAGCAGCAACAGCAGACGACGACGACGGGUGAAAGUAGCGGACCCUUAGGGUCGGCCCGCGUACAAAUCAUGAGCAACGUAACGCUGGUCUCGAAAGGAGGAGGUCCACAGCAGCAGCACACGUUUCAUACGGUUCAGUCGCCACAACAGCAGGCGUCGGCAGCAGUGGCUACCACGACAACGACGUUCAACUACAUCGAUGCUGGUGGCAAAAACUUUAACGUUCUCACGUCGACGGGCGGCAAGCUAAACGCAAGCAAGCUCAUCAGCGUCCCGAUAUCGAAGGUGAAAAAUCUCAACAAUCAUCAUCACCAUCAGCAGGCAUCAUCGCCUCUCCAUCACCAGCAUGUGCUUUCUGCCGGUGGCCAGCAGCAGCAGAUAGGCCCACCAGCGACAAUGUCAAUUGCUGGCGGGCUAGGAACACCGGGUGGCGCUGGUUCGACGACCACAGCGAUGGUGCAGAAAUUGACCGUGCCUCGAAACAUCCAGCUCGUCACAAGAAUACCACCAAAUGGCGGUGGAACCGGUGGUAGUGUGGUGACCACAUCGCUUGCGAACGGUGGAAGGAUACUUCAGCACCAGCAGCAGCAGCAUCAGCACCUGCAGUAUACCAAUGCAAUCGGUCAAAUACAGGACACCGGUGGCGGAGGUUCUCCAACGGUUGAGAUAAAGAAUGUCGUAUCGACGGCGCACAUGAAACCGAUUCCAGUGACAAGUAAGAGCAAGGUGAGCCAAAACGCCUGGGUCAAGAUGAUGGAGCAGCAGCAGCAACAACAGCAGCAGCCGAAACUCUCGAGUGUAACCCUUAAACCAUUUGCUGUUUUAAAACCACAGCAACAGCAGCAGCAACAACAACACCACCAAACCCAGGGUAGUGUCAAUGUUAGCCUGAAAGCGGUAAGGGCUAAUAGUGCGACGAAGAGUAGUGGCCACAUUACGCUCAGUAGUGCCCCUACAACCAACGUCUCACAAGCAGUGUUAUCGACGUCGUCAACUACAUCGUCGACUGCGACGACAACCACUACGUCGGCGACGUUCUACAUGAAAAGUACUAAUAGCAGCGGUGGCAGUACGACGAAUGGUGGUGUAUCGAUAGAGCAGCAGCAGGGUGUCGCACCGACAUCUAUCUACACGACCUCCACCGGACAAACGGUGUACCACAACCCAAACAUUCAGCCGAUGAUGGUCCCGGUAUCGGCAUCGUCGUCGUCGUCUUACGCACAACACAAUACAACCAGCGGUGGCAUCAACUCUACCGGAUUAACACCGUCUUCGCACGGUAGCGUAAAACUGUCGGCCGCCUCGAUGCAUGGCCUGACGCACGGCGCUUCCAAAGUGAACAUGAUGAAGGCGAACAAAAAUCAGCUCAUUCAGAUUCACCAACAAACGCAACCAAGAACGCAAUCUCCCAGCAGCAGCACAGGAGGAGGAGCAGUAGGCGGUGCACUGCAAAGCUCAACGCAUAGUCUAAUGUCUAGUAGUGGCGGUGGAGGGGGAGGAGGAGGAGGAAGCGUUAUACUGCAACAACAGCAACUUGGUGGAAAUGUUACUCCGUUAAUAAGCUCCUCUUCCUCUACGGCGACGUCGACGACGACAAAUACUAUGAAACUAUCCACUAGCGGUCGGUACACGCCGUCAUCCUCUACGCCAUCCCCGCUCGGUGUCAGUUACGGCAACAUCGUACCAAGUUCUUACGGUAAUUCGACGGUAGUGGCAACCGCUACUUCCACCGGAGGUCCGACUGGCUCUGUCAUAUCGCAGGGCCAUAAAGGGCUCAGCAGUCUCUACACGGCGGCUACCACCGUUGGCGGGUAUGAGCUACAACCGCCGCUAUCGGGCAAGGUUGGACCGACGACCGGUUGCUACUCGAACGUGCUCAGCACCUCCGGCACCCCCAGUUCGCCGAUAAAAACCACCGCCAGCAAGCCAUCCGUUGCAGGAGGUCGGGGGCGAAACAAUAGCGGAAGUCAGUUACAGUAUUUAAACUCUCUUGGGCAUACGGUGGGACCAGGUCCUGCAUCGUCACCGGUUGUUAGUUCUCAGAGCUAUAUCCCCAUUGCUGCCGAACAGCAACAGCACCACACCACCACCACCCCGGGUAGUGAACAUCAGACACUGAAUCAUGCCGCAUCACCACCGUACCGGUACGUGUACUCCUCCUCGACCGCCUCGAGGGUUGUAGCGUCGACAACACCAUCAACAUCAUCAUCAUCCGGCACGUCGGACGGUGGUGACAUGAGUUUCAUGAACGGUCAGACGGACGAGCAGGCCACGGCCCGGAUAUUACAAAGUUUAUCCCGUAAAUCGCUCGAAUCGACGGCGGGAAAAAUCUCCUACAGUCGACAGCAGUCUUACGAGCAAUCGUCGCCAGUCGUUGCAUCUCCAGUGAACAGCACCGUUAGCAUUCCAUCGCGUCCAACCGGUGGCCGUCAUAGGUACGAUUCGACCAGCUCCACCGACGGGCGACGGAUGAGUGGUUCGGUUGAUUCAUCGACGACCUAUUUUGCGGACAAUAUUCCGCUGAAGGAGAGCAGCCCAGCGACGAUGCUAAACUCGGCUUAUUACUACUCCAGCCGAGAGGACGAGGAAGGCAACAGCAUCGAGGUACGCCCGGGACCGGUUGAUCCAUCCGCCGGUCGGCACUGCACCCUGCAAGCUAUCCUGCAAGAUCAUACCUACUGCGUACCGAUCACGACGUCCAGCACGCAGUAUCACCACUAUCAGCUCCCACCAGGAAUGGGACCGCAGACGGUGCCACAGACGAUGGCUCUGUCGAGUUCUUCUACGGCGCAGGCAACAAUAAUAUCAGCACAUUCCGCUGGGUCUGGCGGUGGUUUGCCUUCGAGUAGUAUCAGUAGCUCAACAACGCUGGUACAGUCAGGAUCAUCCUCCGCAGCAGUGGUUGUUGGACAGAACGCAAGCCAAACGGGGAUGAUGGGGGCGCCAUCUGGAGCGACGGGUGGUGGUAGUACACCGAUGCCAGUCCCGGUGGCACAACUCAACCUGGCCAAACUGACCAGUGCGGCAGGUGUCGUUUCGGGCGAUCUGCUCGGCGGUGUCGCCACCAAUGCGUCCGGUCGGACGAUCGAGUAUUUCUACCCGGCCAAGGGUGGUCUCUCGUCGGCACGGCCGCACACCAUCCUUGAGGAUGACGAUGAUGCGCACUCGAUCAUAAGCACUGGGUCGCGUACGUGCCAGGAUGGUGAGAUGAACGAAGACACGGACACGGCGGAGGAGUGCGAAGCAGAAGACGACUCGGUGACGCGGUGCAUCUGCGAUCUUACGCACGACGAUGGGUACAUGAUCUGCUGUGACAAGUGCUCCGCAUGGCAGCAUGUCGAUUGCAUGGGCAUCGACCGGCUAAACAUUCCGGACGAGUACAACUGUGAACUGUGCCAGCCGCGACCAGUCGACAAGGCACGAGCGCGCCAGCUUCAGCUUCAAAAGCGUAAGGAGCAGAGUCUUUUCCUGGCGAACAACAAUGUCCCUUCCUCGUCGUCGACGGCUGCGGCAACAGGAACCGGCUCGUCGGUUCCUUCCGACACUGUGUCCAGUACGCUGCCACCAACACCGCCACUGAGUGGGAAAGGUGGCUACCAGCAAGCACAACAGCAGCUGCACCAGUACAACGAUCUCAUGGCACAACAGCACCACCAGCAACAGCAGCUACAGAGCAACGGUUCACUCGGACAGCUGCCGGGAGCGUCCACUACAACGACACCGAAGGGUUCGAAAAAAUCAAAAUCUGGCGGUGUCGGUGGUUCGCGCAAGAAAUCCGACAGUGUCUCGUCCGCCACGGGCAUCCCCGUAUCGGGCACGGUCGUCGUCGGUUCCACCAGCGGCGUUGGUGUACCAACAUCGACAACAAUGUUUGGUGGUCCCGCCGGUCCGCUGGGAAGUGGCGUAACGAUGAUCGAUCCAAGCACGGCUGCUACGGCGACGGCUGCGGCUUUGGGUCUUACGUCACCCCUCGGAGCAAUGGGAGUAACCGCCGGUGCCGGGUUGAUUUCAUCGUCCGGCUCGAUGCACUGUGAUAGUAGCAGCGGUAUAGGAGCAGCUGCUGGCGUCCCCGGAACGCCAUCGGCGAAGAAACUGAGCAAAAAGGCCGAAGCGGCCCUCAACAACCGGCUUAACGGUGGCAAGCGGGCGGGCAACAAGGAACUGCGAGCGAGCGGCGGAAACAUGAGCGCCGCGGCUGCUGCGAAACUGGCCAAGAAGAAGACCAAGAGCGCCGAGUUGAGCCUGGAGAAGCUAACGAACAUGGUGCGCACCUGGAUCGACAGCUACGAGCGGGCAACGACGAACCACUACUCCCCGGAACUGCGUGCUCGGCUGCAGGCGUUCGCCAAGAUGCAAUCGGCUAACCCGUUGCUCACUGACACUCGGCUGCUGAUUGUCCCGAGUGCGGCGAACAUGAGCCCCCGGUGUACGACGGUUCCGCACGCUGGCGGAAAGAUCCUGAUCGGUACGAGCGACAUCGAACCACGCGCGCCAAUCAUCGAGGUACGCGGGAAGUACAUGCUCACGAGUCAGCACAAGCAGUUGCAGUCGUUGUUUAACCUGGCGGCGAACGGGAAGCUGGCGCAGAACAAGAACGCCGGGCCGUUCCUCUUCCUCUACCAGCUACCAUCGGCCGGGACGGGCGGGAUGGAGCUUUGCGUGGACACACGAACGUACGGCAACGAUGCGCGAUUCGUGAGGCGAUCCUGCCGGCCGAACGCGGAGCUACAGCAUAGCGUCGAGAAGGGUGUGGUGCAUCUGUACAUCGUGGCGACGGCAAACAUCAAAUCGAACACCGAGAUCACGAUCCGCCACGACGAGCAGUUGAUCCAACGGAUGGGUGGCGUCGUCAUCCUCACGCACACGACCGUAACGAAUGUGUGCGCGUGUGGGUUGAUUAAGGAUUGUGCCUACUCGGCGCAGCUGAACGAUGCGUCAGGAGGCUCCUCUCAGCAGCAAUCAUCGGGCGUAUCGGGUGGUUUAGUGGCAUCUUCCACUUCCGCGGCUUCCGGUUCCAGUGGACCGGUCUCAAUCGUUCAGACCCCUGGUGCGAAGGGUGGUGCCAAGGCAGGUUCGAAACGGGCCCAUGGUGGCGACCUAACGUUGGAUGUGAAGGCUGGAAAAGCGGGUGGCAAAAAGGCACGCAACAACAGCCGGAAUCGAUCGAUCUCGUCGAGUGGUGGCGAAAGUGAUGCGGUGUUUGCCAACCAAGGGACGGUCCACGGAGCGCUCGCGGGUGGAAGUGGCCUUUUGUCACCCCAAACAUCACUACUUCCCGUUCAGUUCCAGCAGUUGCUGCAGCAACAACACGAACAGCAGCAGAUUCUUUCCGGCCUCCCUUCAACCUCGAUAUCGACCUCGAGUAGUUCAUCGUCAACCCCCGCCCUGACGCCACUUCCUCCGCUAGUAGGAGGAGCUGUACCCCCGUUCCUAUACGGAGCAGUAGCCCCACCACCACCAGGAGUCGUUUCAUCACCGCAUCCCCACUUUGGGACACAUCCUCCCGCUCCAGGGUCCAUUCCUUCGCCGUACAAUUAUUACGACAUCAAGUCGUCGCCUCUUCGCUCGCCCCCGCCACCCUCGGUAGCAGGUCUGCCCCAGCAGACGGCACCUCCGUUGAACUCUCCGCUUGCUCCACCCCUUCAAACCCCCACCGGACCGAUACAGUUGAACGCGGGCGUACCACAGCCGCUCACCUUGCUCGCACCGCACCAGCUUGCGUCGCCGAUGAAGAAACAACCCUCGCCCGAUCAGCCGGAAGCCGCGGCCGCCCUGCUGGCGAUGGCAUCCUCCGGUGGGGUCGGUAUGGGAUCGCGCGCCGGUACGGCGGCACUCGAUGCGGCCCUGCUCGAGCAUGGCACGCGCAUGGAGUUGAUCCAGCAGCAGCAACAGCUUCAUCAGCAGCAAAUCCUCGAAGACGUGCUGAAGAUUCAGGCCAAACCAUCACCACCGGCCUCCCCGAUGAAGGUUGGUGGCGCUGCACGUGGAUCACCCGUUUCGCUUUUACUAUCCCCUCCGAGGCCACAACCCCCGCCACCAGCUGCGGCUGCAUCGGUAGCGACAACGGCUGAGAUAACCGGAACCGUUCUGCAGUUUCAUCAGUCACCGGUCAAGCAGGAACCAGCAGCACCGGGGAUCGCGGGACGGCAUGUUGUAUCCUCUCCGCAGCGAACACCAGUCGAUCUGGGGCUAACGGUGAAACGAGAAGUGGAAGACAUCAAGGAACAACUUCCACCACCACCACCACAAGCGUUACUACCCCCGCCAUCAUCGUUGGUAGUUGCACCUGCUGCACCAGCUAUGAUGGAUCCGAUUGCAGUGAAAAGUGAAACGAUAGAGUACAAGGACAUCGUCAAGCAGGAAACGUUGGUAAAAGCCGCCCCGCUGGAGGAGGAAACUACCGUCAUCAAACGGGAGCCGGUACCACCGCAAUCUUCACCCUCCCCGAUGUUGGCGGAAAGGAAACCGACACCAUCGGAACAACCCUCAGCUUCUGCUUCAGUUGGAUUUAGUACCAGCGUUGGUACCCCCCUGUCGUCGGGCAACAUCGUUCCAUCGAUGGCGAACAACUGCGUGUCCAUUUCCUCCUCGACGCCCAUCAAGCAGCAGCGUGCCAGCUCACCGAAUCAUCACCAUCAUUCGAGCGGCGGCGGUGGUAGCAAGAGUAAGCGCAGCAUUUCGCGCGACCACCGGGAGCAUCAUCAACCGAGCCGUAGCGAGAAGAAGCAAACCGGAUCGGAGAAACCGAGCCGCAAGCUGACCCGGGAGGAGCGCAAAAUGGAAGCGAUCGUGAAGGCGUUUGCGAAGAUGGAACAAUCGCAGCAGCGCAAGCAGGAGCUGAAGGAGCAGCGCAAAGGUGGCGAUGGUGGCCCGUUCCACGGAUCGUCCCCUUCGUCCAACGGUGGCAAGCGGAGGAGCAUAUCGACAUCAAACUCCGGCGCCGGGGGUGGAAACCUGUCCGACGAGGGUACGAUGGACGCUCUGGGAGGUGUUUCUUCCUCAACGACGAUGAUGGUUCCGACGAGCUCGUGCGAUGAAACGUUCACCGGCACCGGCGCUGGUGUUGCGUCAACCUCUUCGUCGAUGAUGCUGCACGCUUCGGGUGCCCAUUCGUCCUCGAGCAGCAGCAGCGGCGGAAGUAGCAUCAGCAGCAGUAGCAAUAGUACCAAACGGAAGACCACGGGCGGUCUGCUGGCGGGUUCGAAAUCGGGCCGUUCGUCCGGUGGUGGGUCGAAGAAGAAGAAAAGCAAAGCCGUCAGUCAGCACUUUGCUUCGUCAACGCAGCAGCGCCGGAAAAAGAUGGCUGCAGCGGCGGCGGCAGCGGCACGUUCGCGUUCGAAAACGAAAUCCUCCAACAGCAGAGUCUCCCCUGCGUCUUCCGGUUCUUCCACUUCGUUUGUACAACAGCAACAACAACAGUACAGUGCGAUACCAUCCGCACACGAGCAAGUCCUACCGAACGACACCUCCGCGCAGUACGGGGAUAAUCCGGCGGAACUGUUACUUACCUUCUCGCAGGCGGCCCAGCUGGGAGGGAUUAGCUCCUCAACGGGUGGAGCAGGAGGAGGAGCGGUCGUUGAGACGUCCACCGAUACGGCUGGCAAUCUACCGCUGCUCAGUUCCGCCUGUAUGCUCAUCGAGGCGGCCGUCGGUCCGCUGGAACAAGCGGCCACUUCCACCACCUCAUCCGUGUUGAUGGGUGGUGUAAACCGUACCGCGAACCAUCAUCAUCACGGUCUUCCGGCAUCGGUAGUUGUGUCAUCAUCUGCACCCUCGCCACCGGUCAUUCUUUCCGUUGACCAACAGCAGGAUCAACAGCACCAGCAACAACAACAGGAUUUUAAGUACCCAACAAAGGCGAAAACGAAAAAGAGUAUGAGCCGUGAGUGGCUCAGCGGACAUCAAUUGUUGGUAACGGAGCAACAUCAGGAGCAGCAAGCUGGCUACAACAUGUCCUCGAUAUCGCAGCCGCUUCACCUGAAGACGAACUUUGACGAACCUUCCCCGGGUUCGGCGUCCACUCCAACGGACGGUGGCAAUAUGAUGUUCGUGGCGAAGAAAGUCGAGGAGUUUAUCAUGCAAAACUCUCCGCAGCCGCCGGUGGACGAACAUCACAAGUGGCCAACGGUUGAAAAUGCCCCCGGUGGAAUGCCGAGUGCGACUUCCGGUUCGGAGAAGAUGGAAAGUGCCGCCGUCAAGAAGCGUUGGCUACGGCAGGCGAUCUCGGAGGAAACGGAUGAAACACACCCCAGUGGUGGUGGUUUGGUCGGUGGUAGUUCCGCCGUCGCUGGCGGUUCACAUUCUUCCUCACCACCGCCACCGAAUGGGUUUACGACGCCAUUGAAAAAGCGACGCGUUGUACGGGAAAAUCCACCCCCUUCUUCGUUAGCAGUCAACCUUGUGCCAUCAUCGACCGACGGACAGGCGCAACAGUUGUUCGUUGGACCACCGAACUCCGUGUACUCCGGGACGGACAAUAGUGUACCACCGGCCGUGGUGACGGGAACACCGGGAACGCCCAUGUACUGGGAAAGCCCGGAAAAGCAAGCGAUGGACCUUUCGUCACACCGUCCACCACCAGGACCGCCGGCUCCGACGAUUAAGAUGCUCACCCCGCUACACUUUGCCGACCCGGGACCGAUGCCAGCAACACCACCACCACAACCAUCGGCCGUGCAUACGCAACUUCAGCUUGUCCACGGCGUCGUUGGGGGUGACGGUGUGAACACUGCGGCCGCCUUAUCUCCACACGAGCAGCACCACCAUCAGUACCCGAUGCUGCAAACGUUUCAGCAUCAACUACAUCACACUCUUCCGCUAGAGAUGGCAGCUCAAAUGCAGCAACAACAGCAACAGCAGCAGCACUAUGAAACACCGACGACGGCGACGACGACGGUGGUGACUGAAGCGACGUUGGUGGUGGAAGAAUCCACUUCACAACCACUACCACCACCACCACCACCACCGGUGGUUGUUGUUGAACCAUCCGAGCCGGUUGAAAACGACGAAAGGACGGCGGUGACGGUGACGGAUUAUCUACCACCGUCCGUUGUUUAUCAAUCGGAACCACCAUCAUCAUCGGAACCACCACCGAGUACGGUUGUUCCAAUGUCCACGUCUCCGACGCCGGCGGUGGAAGAGGAGGAGCAGAUGGUCACCGAAGAGGAAGCGGUCGUUGUGGAGGAACCAGUGACGACGGUGGUGAUGGUCGAUGAAACGAUGGAAGUGGCCACAACCGCCGUUGUGGAAACGAUCCCUCCUCCCCCGACGACAACGCCACCGCGCGCUAGUGGAAUGACGCGAAGCAAAGGAAGCCAGAAGUAUAUCGAAACAUCGGUGGUGGAAGAAGAAAAAGUGGCCGAGAAACAGCAACCGCAGCAGCAACAUGUGGAGGAAGAAGACAUAGUGCAGGUGAUGGAAGCGGAAGAGGAAGAGGUGGAGGAAGAGGAUGUGGAUUUGAUGCACGAGGUGGCGGUGGUCGUGCAGGAGGAAGAGGUGGAAGAGGAGGAAGACGACUCGACGGGAUCGUUGACGGCGUUGAGUAUGAUUGAACCGUCGCCCGAAGAGCAGCAGCUGAUCGAGGAAACGCUCAAGGAGGUGGUUGAAGAAUGUCUGACCUCAACGCCGAAGGUUGUCGCGGAAUCGAAACAUCCGGCUCACAAGGGCGUAGCAGUUGAACGGAAAGACCGUUCAAUCGAGCGCACCAAGUCCAAGAGCGAAGAAGAGCUGAUCGAUCAGGAUGCGGACACAAUCAGCUACUGUGAGGCGGAUGAGGAAGCGGACGGCAAUGGGACGUCGGUAGCGGAAUCACUUUCGUCCACGUUCGAUGAAAUCGUCGAGACUAUCGUCGAGGAACGGCUGGCGGCGAUGAACGACGGGUCGGCCGACGUUUCUCGGCUCGAGAACGUCGAGGAAGACGAUGACAUCGGAUGCAGCCCGGAAGACUCGGUGUUGGUGUACGUCCAGGAGGAAGAGGAAAGCGACAGCAAACCGGCCGACCCGGCCCUCGAAUCCGUCGAGCAGGAAAUGAUGGAAAUGAUGUCGGAAGGAAAGGAACCAGCACCACCAUCUGCUGUGAAGGCUCCAGCGAACGGGAAAAGCCCCUCUGGUGUGAGUUCGGAACAGGAUGUUGUGGGGAAGUCUUUCGUGAAGGUCGACGGAGGAGACGCUGAGAGGAAACAAUCUCCUGUUGUAACCAGCAACGGGAAGGACGAUAAAGGGACCGCCGCGAGUGUCGCCACGGUUAAGCCAUCGAGUUCAACAACCAGCACCGCCGGUGGACCGCCGGAGGAAAUUGAGCAGAACGAAAUGGCCGACCUGCAGAAGAAGAUUGCUUCCUUCCACUCGGAAAACAUCAUGAAUCUGAUCUCGAGAAAUCGUAGCAAAUCGAAGAAGGGCAACUCACCGGCGACCGUCGGUGCCAGUGCGGUCGGCCAUCAGCCGGUGAAGAAGCAGGUGAAACUGAACUUUGAUCUGUGCGUCAAGGAUAAUGCGGUCAACGUGACACUUCAGCAGCAGCAGCAGCAGACGGGAACGUCACAGAAUGCCAGCUUGAUAAUAGACUCCGCCGUCUCGACGGUAAGCUCAAUCUCCGUGCCAUUGAUUCUGCCACCUCCUUCGUCGGUGUCCGUACUUGCGGCAUCGGCACCGGCUUCGAUAGUGACAUCACCAGCGGCACUGAAAACAAUUCCCUCGGUUACGACGUUCGGUGCGGAGCCGAUCCGCUCAUACACGACGCUCCGGGCGGAGCCGAUCCCAACGAUUACCGGUGGACAUCUGAGCACCCUCGGUGGGUACCAUCUUCACCACCAGCAGCCAUUGCUGCGUACCGAUACGCGACCACCGUCCGUAUCGUCUUCCUUCCUUGAUUACCCAACGCCCUCGUCGGCCUCACUCAAACCGGCCACCGGGGGGGUUGGUGUAAUCCCGGUCGGUGGAGGGUUGUCGUCUGCCACUGGUGGUGGCAUCUAUCAGUACCGCUCGGAAGUGUCGAACCUGUUGGAGAGGACAUCCCUGCUGACGCAGAUGCGCCCGACAAGUUUCUCCACGCUCGGUUCCCUCACGCCGACUCCGAUCGGUGGCGGUGGUGGUGCUGUUGGUGCUGGUGCAAAGUCUUCGCUGCUUCUGGCUGGCAGUGUCACCGAAUCGUUGUCCACCCUCGGCGGAACGGCGGUGGGCAGUGUGAUGACGGGAACUGCGACUGGGGCAAGUAUUACCGGUGUUCCAGCACCGGGCAUUGGUGGACUGAGUGCCACGUCGCCCGGGGUAGGAACGUACCCGAAGAUCUUCACCAAAACUGCCAGCUCCGAUCCGCGACUCAAUCCGGCUCUGGUGGCGUCGACCACCCCGUCCACGGCCGCAGCCGAUGGUGGUGCAGGAGGUGCCGGUGGUGCCGGUGGCGUUUUUGCCACUCCGAAGCGUAAACUCUCCAUCACCGAGUACCGGAAGCGCAAGCAGCAAUCGUCCUCUUCAACGUCAUCGUCUCCUGUGGCAGCGUCCAACACUUCGCCAACUGCAGGACGAACUACUAGCAAUCACAGUACAACCGGGUCGUCCCCAACAACGAGAGCGACCACGACAAUGGCAACGCCGGUGGCAUCCAGCAAUAAUAGCUCCACGCUACCGGGAAGCUCUGCCUCUACCACCAACACCACCCUCUUAUCGCUAUCGUCACUAAAAUCCAUCGCGGCAAGCACCAGCAGCACGCUCAGCAGCGUCCCACGUAUGAAAGUACGCAAGGUUGAUGGUGGAUCGGCAUCGACGGCCUCGACAGGGACCGUCAGCAGCACCAUCAGCAGCAGCGAUGUGAGCAGCUCGAUCUCGCGGGAACUUUGCCUCGAGCUCGACUUGGGCAUGAACGACGAAGACAAGCUACUAUCGAAGGGGGGUGACAAUUCGAACUCAUCCUCCUCGACGUCCUCCACCGGUCGGAUACUACCCUCGGCGAUCGCCGCCGGCAUUAGCAAUGGCGCACUGGCGAAGCUGAAAGCGGUUAACAAGGAUGGCAACAGCAGUAGCGGCAGCAACAGUAGCAGCGGUGGAGCAUCUCCCGAUCACCAUCACCAUCAUGCGGUUAAUCAUAAACUAUACAACCACCACCACAGCAGCAGCAGCCACUACGAGGCACUUUCAUCGACGGAUGAAAUAACAACCACAUUCAGUGCCACACCGACGCUAGCGGAACUGCGCAGCGAAGGUGGCAUGUCGGCGGAACGCCUAAAGUCGCUGAAAUACUUCCCCUAGAGAAUGCAACUACUGUCACAACGCGGACAUGCUGGACGUGUCACCAUGAAGGAACGUGAGAAAUAACAACGCGUGGAAAUACCGCCGUACAGCUAGGAUCUCGAAUGCGAUCUUCCUACAAGGAUCGAUCUUUGGUAGGCAGAAGAACGAUAGAAAGCGAUAACAGCCUUCAAAUCUGUCAAAACUUUUGUGUGUUAUUUUGUCCCUGACCAUAGGCUAACACACACAUACACGAAUGCGCGUGUGCAUGUACCGUCAUCUCCAUCGUUUUAGGAACGAGGGGAUAGGAAACUUUUUGCCUUUAUUUUUCUCUGAAGGUUUCGAGCUUGGGCGAAAUCUUCCUGAGAUCCUUCAGAGAGCCGCUCUCAUAUCUGCAAGUUUAGUCAUGUUUUUAGUUGCUAGUAUGCACUAGCACACUAGGAUUCACUUUUGCUUGGGGUUAUGAAAUUUACAAAAUUAAUUACCCAUUCUCUCUCAGCCAACUGGGAUAGUUUUCAUAGUUACGUGAAUAGUUCGUGGAAAUGUAUAUGAAUACGGUUUAUAUUUAAUAUUUCCUUUACAUUGAGACGAAUUUAACAUUAUUAAAUUCACCCUAUUCUUCGAAGUUGUUGAACGUGUUCGAAAGUGGUAAAGUCUACCGUGCUUACAGUAAUGUACUAUAUGCCGGAUAAUCAAAAUUUUUCCUUCCCAAUUGCAUUGUGAGCAAGUGAAGUGUUAAAAAAAAAUGAAUUCUCCUAUCCUCUGGGACAUGCGCACUCACAACCACGCAUAGACACGCACGGUACACACAGAUAACAACUAUCUUGCUACAUCUAAGUACAAAGUACAAAAGGAAGGAAUUAAUGGUUCGUAUUUUUGGUUAGAGAAAUCUAAAACUAAGUUUAAGCAUAAUUAGUAUGGCUCUAUGGAAAAUCUACACCAUUCGAAGGUGAUCAUAGAGGACGGUUUGAUUUAUUGUAUACAAGAAGAAGCUAUGCAAGAUGAAGAUCCUACUUAAGGUAGAACGAAGAAGAAAACACUCGUCCAUACGUUUUUAAAUGAGUAAGAACUAAUCGUUCCGGAUUCGAAGGAACAACAGAUGUAGAAAACGAUCGAAAGGAGGGAGGGUGUACUAUAAUAAAUGAAGAUGAAUCAAUGCAGCCGAAUAGCGGUUGGACAUGUCGAACUUCCCGAUGAUUCUUACAAGCAAAUUUGCACCUUGUCGUUUUGUUGGUAUUUAUUUUUACGAAUUAGUUUGUUACAAAACAAGACAUCGUUACGGAACGAAGAUUGAUGGUCGAACCCGGGACGGAGAGGAAAAGGAGGUGUGGAAAUUGAAACCGAAUUUAGACAAUGUAAUCGUUUGCCCCAUUUCAUACACACAUACAUUCACACACGGUCGCGCUCCGGCUAUAUGAUGGAAGUGCUCUCUGAUUUAAGCUAGUGGUUAAAUGGACACAAGGAAUCAAAAUGCCAUCGUGGAUAGAGUUGAGAGUAAUAUUCGUUUCUAACAGUCGGGGCAAAACAUCAUCCGGAAGGCCAAAAGAAGUUCAAUUCCCUUUUACGAUAGCUUUUUUGGGACUCAAAUCCUUCCCUUUCCUCGUAUUUUUUGAAAUAACAUUUUGUUUAAUUUUAACUAAUUCUUUUCUAUCUCAACUUUCUCAUGUUUCGUCCUACUUUUUUCUACUUUCUACUUAGUACUAUUUAUAUAUUUUCCCUUGAUUAGUUAUUAUCUUUGAUUCUACUUAUACAUUUUUAAACAUAUUUCACAAUCACUCAAUCAAUCAAUAUUUGUACGUUAUAUAUAGAAAGAGCGACACAAUUAGCGAGUCCCAUGGAGUUAACGUGACCCACAACACCUUCACACAUUCCUCGUUGAACAGAAAUGUUGUUAAAGAGCCCCAACUUCUUCUCCCCUCGUGAAAACCACACGCUUGCACAGUCAAUUUUAUUCUCGAAAUCGUAUCGUACGUACCCCCUUAAUGCUUCCUGGAUGAGAAUGAAAUUCUUUUCAGAUGACCUAAAAAUGCCCCAGUUGUCCUAUGUGGAAGAACGAAAUCUUAAUGGUUCUUCUUAAAAGUAAAGAAAAAGCGGACACCGCUUUGGAAAAAGAUAACACACAAACGGUUUGUCUGACGAACUUAUUUAAGAGGCACACAAAACAAACAUCACACAUAAAGACAACAAUGCGCACAAAAAGGAGUAGGUUUAGCAAACCUGUUAGUGUAGUUUUAGUGGAAAGGAUUUGCGUAUUCUCCUCUGACAUCGACGAAUUUACGACACAUUUGUUCUCUUGGUAGGAAUAAGAUGGGUUUUUUUCCUACCCGGGUGCUUGUUUUCCCUUUCUCCGCCCAGGGCGAUGGUGUGUGUAUGUGUGUAUGUUCAUCUAGUGGUCUUCUUUUCGAACCUUCUCAAUGCCCGCAAGAAUUGUUCAAACGGCAUUGAUAAGUUUGUUAUACAUUUUUUAAACUGUACAGUUUUACUCGUUUGUUCCCUGUUUUUUUUUUAGUCCCGUAAGUAAGAAAAAUCAAUGUAGAUACAAAGUAAUUUUAUGCAAUAAGAAACGAGUAACUAACCCUAAAUAUGUCCUAGUUGUGUGUGGUAGCUUGGUAGCGGCGUAAGAGAUUUUUCAAUUUUGACAUUUGAUUUUGUUUUUAAAAGAAUCAAGAAAAAGAGUCUAUAAGUUUUGUAAAUGGUAUUUUUUUAUAGUGCUAUGUAUAAAAACCGUAGUUUAAUAUAUGAAGCAACAGAAACCGCUGAAAACUAGUGAUACAAAGGCACCCGCGAGAGUGUAUCCUUUACUGUACAUAUUGACACAGCCAACUACGUUUAAGCAACAUUUAAACAUCUUUUCUACUUAUGGCUCUCACUUAUGAAAAAAAAAGAAGUAAAUACUAUAAAACAACGCCAGAUCAUUGUGAUCCGGCGCAAAUCGAAUGCAAGAAACGAUGGGUGAACGAAUGUGAAAAGAAGGCAAAAAAAAGUCCCAGUCGAAUAUGUGGCGCAAUUGGUGUAACUUAUUUAAACAAAAUCAUUUGACGCGAAGGUAAUAGCAGAUGAGAUAGACAAAGCAUACUAGAUGAAUAGAAAAUGGAAAGCAAGAAGCAGAGAAAAACAUGGGAGCGAUAGGUUAUCUAAGCGGGAGAAAAUAAAUAAACUAAAGAACUGUAAUGUGCGCUACAAGUGCAGAUCGGACGCAGAACAGCAGUAAAACAAAACAUUGAGACACCAUUUUAUUAGCGUUCAUUCAUCGGAAGUGGAAGGAGGAAAAACGAGUGAGAGCGUAAAUGAUGAGUAUGUAAAAACCAGAUAUAAUGUAAAAAGGAAAAAAAAAAUCUAAAAAAAAAACCACAAAACAAAAUGAAAAUG